CGGUGGCCGACCGGCCGGCCGGGAGGGAGGGAUGCCGGAGCUGGGGAGUGGAUUCCCCCGGGGGGACGGGAUCCGUCCCUGAAAGCCGGGAGAGGGGGCUACGCAUCAGCACCCCCGGCUGUCUCCUGCAUCCCUCUUGGAUCAGCACCAUCACCAGCAGAAGCAGCGCCGCCUCCCCCGCCUGCUGCAAAGGCAGAACCUAGAGCUACUCUUCUGUUCCUUCCAGAGGAGCCCCAAGGGCAUCCCUCCCCACUCUGCUUGGCAUGAUGAUGUGCGAGGUGAUGCCGACCAUCAGUGAGGACAACCGCCGUGGUUCAGCCUAUGGGGCUGACGAUGCCAAUUUCGAGCAACUCAUGGUCAACAUGUUGAAUGAGCGAGAGCGGCUGCUGGAGACAUUGCGUGACACCCAGGAAAGUUUGGCUACCUCCCAACUCCGCCUGCGUGAAUUGGGCCAUGAGAAGGAAUCACUCCAGCGCCAGCUCAACAUUGCCCUCCCACAGGAAUUUGCAGCACUUACUAAGGAGUUGAAUUUAUGUAGGGAACAACUGUCAGAGCGUGAGGAGGAGAUCUCAGAGCUAAAGGCAGAACGGAACAAUACACGGCUGCUGCUAGAGCAUCUGGAAUGCCUAGUAUCCCGGCAUGAGCGUUCCCUUCGCAUGACAGUAGUGAAGCGUCAGGCUCAGUCCCCAGCUGGCGUCUCCAGUGAGGUGGAGGUGCUGAAGGCUCUCAAGUCACUCUUUGAACACCACAAGGCUCUGGAUGAGAAGGUUCGAGAACGGCUGCGAGUGGCGCUAGAGCGUGUUGCAGUAUUGGAGGAGGAGCUGGAAAUGUCCAAUCAAGAGUCUCUUUCCCUUCGAGAGCAGCUUGCCCGACGCCGAUCCGGCCUAGAUGAUCCCAACAAAGAAGGAGAUGCCCAGAUUUGUGCCAAUGGAUCUGGGACCCUUGAGUUGGGGCGUGGGGGUCGGGAAUCAGAGCUAGAGGAGGUUUUGGAGCGCCAGAGAGGAGAACUAUCCCAGCUGAAAGAAAGACUUACCAUGCUCUGUCGGCAGAUGGCAGAACUGGAGGAAGAGUUAGCCACGGCCCAACGAGAUCUUAUUAAAUCUGAAGAGAUUAAUGCCAAACUACAAAGGGACCUCAAGGAGGCAUUAGCUCAGCGAGAAGACAUGGAGGAACGAAUUACCACACUAGAAAAACGCUACCUGAGUGCUCAGCGGGAGGCAACGUCCCUUCAUGAUGUCAAUGACAAGCUAGAGAAUGAGUUGGCCAGUAAGGAGUCCCUCUACAGACAAAGUGAAGAAAAAAACAGGCAGCUACAAGACUGGCUGGAAGAUGCCAAGCAGAAACUUCAGCAGACUCUUCAGAAGGCUGAGACCUUGCCUGAGAUAGAGGCCCAGUUGGCCCAGCGAGUAGCUGCCCUUAACAAGGCAGAGGAGAGGCAUGGCAAUUUUGAGGAGCGUUUGCGUCAGCUUGAGGCCCAACUGGAAGAGAAGAAUCAGGAGCUCCAGCGGGCACGCCAAAGGGAGAAAAUGAAUGAUGAACACAACAAGCGCCUCUCAGAAACAGUCGAUAAGCUACUAUCUGAAUCCAAUGAACGUCUCCAGUUGCACCUGAAGGAAAGAAUGGGGGCGCUGGAGGAGAAGAACACGCUAAGUGAGGAAAUUGCCAACAUGAAGAAGGUCCAGGAUGAGCUACUGGCAAACAAGGAGCAGCUAUUGGCCGAGAUUGAGAGGAUGCAAAUGGAAAUAGACCAAUUACGUGGACGCCCAGUCUCUACCUAUUCUCGCAGUGCUGGUGUGGCAAGACGUUCGAAGAAGGGGCGCUGGACUGUCAAGGACGAGGCCACCAAGGAGUGGGAGCGGGCUCAGCAGGCAGCUGGAGGCUCGUUUGAGGGUGGGCUGGAUGGGUCAGAUGAGGAUGAGCGUGAUCCUCUGUUCAGCUCAGCUGACCUGCUGUCUCCCAGCGGACAGGCUGAUGUGCAGACCUUGGCCAUCAUGUUACAAGAGCAGCUGGAAGCCAUCAACAAAGAGAUCAAACUGAUCCAGGAGGAAAAAGAAUCCACAGAACAGCGAGCAGAGGAGAUUGAGAGCCGAGUGACCAGCGCCAACCUGGAUGGAUCCUUGGGCCGCUACCGUUCGGGCACUUCCAUUCCUCCAUCUGUCACCAGUUCAACUCUUGCCAGCCCUUCUCCCCCCAGCAGUGGCCAUUCUACGCCCCGCUUGGCACCCCACAGCCCUGCUCGUGACGGAGAAAAAAUGCAGAACCAUGUUGCCAAGGAAGAGGUACGAGGCUCUGAAGAGAAGGCUUUAGCGUUAUGUGAACCCCCAACACCCUCAACCCCCCGCACAAUGCGUCUUGAUCGUAUGACCCAAGCAUUAGCUCUACAGCCUGGAACACUGGAAGAUGGAAGGGACCUGAGAACCAGCCUGGGGACAGAGGGUACGAAUAGCAGUCAGGAUUCCUUACACAAGUCCACCAAGAAGAAAAGCAUCAAAUCUUCCAUCGGGCGUCUCUUUGGCAAGAAAGAGAAAGGGAGGCUGGGGCAGUUGGGCCGUGAGUCCCCCUCGCUUGCUGGGACACCAUCUGAUGAGAUGUCAUCUGCAGACCCCCUGGGCUUUGCUAAACUCUCGGGACCUGUGGACAAGGAUCGUAAGAACAAAAAGAAACAUGAACUGUUGGAAGAAGCUUGUCGACAGGGGUUGCCUUUUGCUGCCUGGGAUGGACCUACUGUUGUUUCAUGGCUGGAGCUAUGGGUGGGCAUGCCAGCCUGGUAUGUGGCUGCUUGCCGUGCCAACGUCAAGAGUGGUGCCAUUAUGGCCAACCUGUCUGACACAGAAAUCCAGCGAGAAAUCGGCAUCAGUAACCCUUUGCACCGGCUUAAGUUGCGCCUUGCCAUUCAGGAGAUGGUUUCCCUGACCAGUCCCUCAGCCCCUGCGACUUCACGUACAUCUACUGGAAAUGUGUGGAUGACACAUGAAGAGAUGGAAUCUCUCACAGCCACAACAAAGCCAGAGACAAAGGAAAUCAGCUUGGAGCAGAUCCUGGCUUAUGGAGAUAUGAACCAUGAGUGGGUGGGAAAUGAUUGGCUGCCCAGCUUAGGCUUGCCCCAGUACCGCAGUUACUUCAUGGAGUCGCUAGUUGAUGCCCGGAUGUUGGACCACCUCAACAAGAAGGAACUACGGGGCCAGCUCAAGAUGGUGGACAGCUUCCAUAGGGUGAGCCUUCAUUAUGGGAUCAUGUGCCUGAAACGUCUUAACUAUGACCGAAAGGAACUGGAAACAAGACGAGAGGAGAGUCAAAACCAGAACAAAGAUGUGAUGGUGUGGUCUAACGAGCGUGUGAUGUGCUGGGUGCAGAUGAUUGGGCUGAAAGAGUUUGCCAACAACCUAGUUGAAAGCGGGGUACAUGGAGCCCUCCUGGCCCUGGAUGACACCUUUGACUGCAAUGACUUGGCCCUGCUGCUGCAGAUCCCAACCCAAAACACACAGGCUCGGCAGAUCUUAGAAAAAGAAUUUGGGAACCUCAUCACCAUGGGAACAGACCGGCGACUGGAUGAGGACAGUGCCAAGACCUUCAGUCGUUCCCCAUCUUGGCGGAAGAUGUUCCGGGAGAAAGACCUCCGUGGUGUCAGCCCUGACUCAGCUGAGAUGUUGCCAGCCAAUUUCCGCACAGCCUCCGUGGCCUCCAUUACCUCACCCGGGGUGCAGCUUCGUAAGAUGCAGCCAGAGGGGAACUCAUUAGGUAGCCAACGGACAGACAGUAUGUCAGUGCGAACGUACUCCUGUUAAUGCCAAGAUGGUGGAGCUGCUGUCCCAAGUAUGUCUGACCUCCCUGCCUUGGACAGGAGACCCUCUGCUGCUGCUGCUGCCACCGCUGCCUCUCCUUCCCCAUCGUGUGCUGACAUGAGGGUAUGAAGAGCUGCUGCCGCCACUGUUGCCAAGAAGGAAUACGGAAGCACGUGGGAGACGAUGGACAGACCGACCGACCAACCAACCAUGUUCCUCUCCACUGCCCUCUUCCUAGCAGCAGCAGUGGCUGAUGGUCACUGAAGAACUCAAGGGACUCAAGCCAAGGAGAGGCUCCUCCCCCAGAGCUGCAGAGGGAAACGGCCUUCCACCUUGGCCUCUAUUUAUUGUUGUUGUUUGUUCCGGGCAGGGACCUAAGAAUGUGAAUGAGAAAAUGUGGUUGCCCGCACAUCCUGCCCCGAUGCUCUGCCGCCAGACCCUUCUGACGGGGGCGGGGGUGAGGGGGUGCCUCUCUUUCCUGUUGCUAUGUGCCACAUAUUGGAGCAACCAGCCCAUCUUGGCCAGUUCCCCUUCCCUGCCCUCCCAAGGGUGCUAAAUGUUCUGUCAGCACUUUUCUUCUCCCUUUCAUUGCGUUGCUGCUAUGAAGGGGUCCCGUUUCACCUCCGGAUGGCAAGAAGGGGAUUGCUGCUCAGAGGCCAGUUCUUUCUCUUUUUUGGCCCCUCCCCAUCCCGCUUCUCAGCAAGGGGAGAGUGUCAAAGCCGGGAGGGGCAAAGCCGGUGUGCCUCCCUCUGCUUAUGCCCACCACAAAGAGCAAGUUGCCCCCAGGCCGGACCCGCAGAGCUCCAAAUUUGCGGUGCCCGGAUAUAAAGGUCCUGCUUCUAUCUGGAAGUAGCUGCCUCUCGGCACAAGUGCACAAAUAAAAGACUUUCCUCUUCCUCCUCCUCUUCCCCCUGCCUUUGUGGCUCCCUGUUCCUCCAAGGGACUAUCCCAGGAUCAUGAGGAGGACGAGAAAAAGCCUGGGGAGUAGGGUGGGGGAAAGAAGGACGAGAAGUUGUCUCCCAAACUCUCUUGGUGCUGGCAUUAAGCAGUCCCAGUGGAUAUGAGGUCCAUCUGGCGUGAUGACGCUAUCUUGAUGGAGCAUCAGAUUUUAUCUUCUUUUAUUUUUCUCUCACAAGAGCAGAGAGUGGGAAAUUCAAGCCCGAGAUGCUCAGACUGGAAAGGGUAGACCUCAGCCUGUGAUGGUCAUGGGAGACAGGACUCUGGACUUUUAUGAUAUGGCACACAGAUUUCCCUCCCUCCAAGACUAUUGUAAUAUAAGAGUUGUAUUUUCUGUGUAUAUCUGUGCUGUGGAAUCUCGUGUAAAUUGAAUUUCUUUUUCGACCGCCAUUACAGGUUCUCUGUUAAUUUAA